AAUGUUUGUGUUUCCUUGAGGCCUCAUGUCUGGCACGGCGAGUGUUGCCAUAGGCAUGGCCAGGCAGACAGGGAGACACAGCCCUGUCUGCAGGGCUGACGGCGUGAGCCUGCUCUUGCUACGCCUGAUGCUGCUCCUGGCACUCCUGGGAACUUGGGAAAGUCCUUUUUGUAUCUGGGCUGCCCAGCGUAAAGCAGGGCAGCUGGACUAGUGCUCUGCAGGGUUGAGCUUGUGCAGCUCUAUCUCCGCUUCUCUUUUGAGGAAACGCUUGUAAGUUGGAUCCUGAGUGUCGGGCUGCAAAGCCACUGCAGUGAGCCAGUGAAUUCCUGCACAGUGUCACGUUUUUUGGCAGCGGAUCCCCGAGGAGGGUUAUUUGAGUCCAGGAGCAGCUCUUUCUGCACUGUCUGGCUGGCAAGCUGAACAGUGAAGUGCUGGCAUCCACCCUCGGAGACGCAAGGAUGCUCAGCCUGAAAGGACAGCUUUGCUUCCCCUUAAAGGCCAUUCCAGUAACUGCAGCCUGGGAAGGUGCAAGGGCAGUGGUAGUGCUGGACUGGCAGCAUUAGGUGUCUGCUAUUGAAACCUGUUCCUGUAAAAGGUAGGGGGAAAAAAAUGUUCUACAUCUGCACAGGGCCAAAGAGAUCACUGGUAGGCAGUAGAUUGCAUCUGUACCAGUCCGAGGAGGAAUGCAGCUCCGGUAACCCAUGCCGUCUCCUGGAUUGCAGGGGGUAAUUGGAGAACUACGUACGUCAAGCUGUAGCUGACUCCAGUGCAAGCAUUCAGUCCCGGCACGUGUCCUCUCUUGUACCUGUCUGCGAUACAGUAGUUUGUGUGGCCUUGAAAGGUGCUGCUGCUGCCAUCUCAGUUGAAAACAGGGCUAAUACUGGUUCCCUUCCCAUAAGCAAGGCUUACAAAUGUGCUAAAAUACAGUUCCUGCGUGGUGGCAAGCUCCUUUUCCGUGAUUGCUGUGCCCCUCAUUUCGCUGCUCUGCUUACAGCCCCUAAAGCCCUGGCUGCUGCAAAAUGCUCUUGAGAAGAGUUCUGUAAAAUCCCAGACUUGUUCCCCUUGGCGAGGGAGGGGAGCUCGAGAGGUGCCCUGCAGGAUCCCUCCCCUUCCGAGCACAGGGAAGGCAAAACUGCAGCACAGCAAGAAUGGGUCAUCUCCCACAUGGGUUUCCUGGAUCCUGAUCUGAGGCUGGUGUGGGACAUGCAGGGAAAAAGGCUGAUUAUUUCCUGGCUGGAAGUGAGAAUGGAAACAGAAGUUCCUAAAUUAACACGGUCGCCAAGAGUAGUAAAUUGAUCCAGUGCUGUAGUGGUUUCAGCCCCUGCCCAGCCCCUCCUGCCUGUGCCUCAAACUGUCUCCACCAGAAGGGCAUGAAGUGGCCACGAUCUCCGGAACGCUGUCCUCGGCUGUCGGUGACGUGUCGCUGCCGCUUUGCAUGGGGCUGGACGCAGUGGGGCCAGCCUUGCUGAAGCUGGUGGCCCUGCAGGAGCAGCCACCUUGCUCUGUGGUGGGGUGACCCCGGUGCCCUGGCCCCCUGAUGCUGCUCUCCUGGCCAGGGACGGUCCGUCGUGCGGUCAGGAGCACUCAACAGCCUCCUGACAGUAACCAUAUCUGUCCGUGACAGCUCUUCCCCAAGGAUCCUCUAUGCUGGAGUGGGGUUGGGAUGGCUGAACGGGGACAGACGUGUCUGGUUGGUCAUCCUGCAGCCUCUGCUUUUCCUGGUGCAGCCGUUCCAGGUGCUGCCUCUCGCUUGCGGUUGCUGCCAGGGCUUUGGCGAGCGCUGCCUGUUCUUGCCAGGGAGCUUCCUCUCAUCUCGGCCAGGCUGGGGCUGCCAGGUCCCUUCCCUCAGGGUUGGGAGGGAUUUGGAGGCGACAAAGAAUGGCGACAGGGAGAACAGGAACAUGGAGGUGCUGGGGAGCCGGCGGGUCUUGGGCUUUCCUGGAGCACCAGCCUAGACCGGCCCUUCAGGGGAGCGGGGCACCGGGGUGUGGAAGGAGCGGGGCCGGCUGAGCCUGCCCCCGCGGCAUUGCUGCGCUCUCACAUGAGACAGGAUGGGGUGUCCUGGGAGACGCUGGGAGAAGCAAAGGCCCCUUGGGCAGAAGGAGGCCAGGGCCCUUCACGGUGUCACCCUGCAGCGGAGAAACCCAUCAGUAGUUUGGGGAGUGAGUCAGGCACCGGCUCCCCAGGUGGCUUCCUUGGAGCGUCUGGGGCAGGGAGGAAACAGGCUGGACUGGCUGGGGCCUGUGAUCUCCUCUUGGAGUCCCAUGCGAGCUCCAGGCUCCCUCCCCACCUCACGAGCGACACCUUUACACGCCUACAGUCGGCAAAUGAGAUAAAAGCCUGGUCUGCAGGCAAGGGACGUCUUCUGGACGCUGCAGCCAAACCCUGCGCACUGUCUCUGCACUCGGAGAGAUGAACCCCAAACUGCCCUAUGUUCUCCUGGUUGGGGCUGCGGUGACAAUCUUCAUUCUCUCCUGCAUGCUGCUGAGCAGGGGGAGGCGAUCACCCAGCUGUGAAUCCCAGCCCCGCAUUGUGGAGAAGGCAGGAUCCACGAGCCAGAGCCUGGUCUUUGCCGAUCUGACACCCGAAGAGAUGGUGCAAGUGGUGCGGUACCUGCAGGGAAACCUUGGGGUGCAGCUGGUUGACGCCUCGCGACCCUCCACGGGGUCCGGGGGGGGCCCCCUGCCGAUGCCAGUGUAUCACCGGGACGUCACGGUGCAGAAAUACGGGGGGAAGGUGCCAUACCACCGCAGACCGAUGCUGGGCAGUGAGUAUGCGCAGGUGGGAGCAUUCUUGGAGACGGUGGCAUUUGCUGCAGCCCCGACCUUCCUGAAAGAAGUGUUUGAGUACGACGGCACCAACGUGGCGUUUCAGACCACAGCUCCUCAUGGGUUUCAGUCUGGAGACCGUAAGUCCUGGUUCAUCGUGUUUCAGAAUGUGAGCGGGUUCUUCUUGCACCCGGUGGGGCUGGAGGUGCUGGUGGACCACAGCAGCCUGGACGUCUCCCGGUGGGCGGUGAGCAGGGUCUUCUACAACGGGCAGUACUACAGGGACAUGGCUCAGCUGGAGAGCGCCUACGUGCAGGGUCGCAUCAGCGUGGAGAAGGUGAGGAAAGCGCCGCAGGAUGGGGACUUCUCGUCCAUGAAGCCCCGAGCGCCUGCAGCCACGCUGUUCCCCUUGCAGUACGAGCCUCAGGGUCCCCGCUACAGCGUCAGGAACAACCACGUCCUCUUCCAGGCCUGGAGCUUUGCCUUUGGGAUGAGCGUGAACACGGGCCUGCGCCUGUUUGACAUCCGACACAAGGGGGAGAGGGUUGCCUAUGAAAUCAGCGUCCAAGAGGCGUUGUCAGUGUACGGCUCCAACUGCCCUGGCGGGAUGUCAACGCGGUACAUGGAUGGGAGCUUUGGCAUCGGGCGCCACACCUCCCCCUUGGUGCGAGGGGUUGACUGCCCGUACUCGGCCACCUACGUCGACACAUACUCCCUGUCUGAGACCCUGAGCCCCAGCAAGAGAAAGGCUUCCCUCUGCAUUUUUGAGCAGAACCUGGGCUCCCCUCUGAGGCGCCACUACUCCAACCUACAGUCAUUUUACUAUGGGGGACUGGUCAACUCUGCUCUGGUUGUUCGGUCCAUCGCGACCAUGGGAAACCACGACUACGUGUGGGACUUCAUCUUCUACCAGAGCGGGGCCAUUGAAGGCAAGGUCCAGGCCACAGGGUAUGCAAGCUCAUCCUUUCUUCAUGGGGAUGGUCUGAGAUACGGCAAUCGCGUUUGGGAGCACACGCUGGGUACGAUACGAACCCACUCCAUCAACUAUAAAGUGGACUUGGACGUGGGAGGGGUGAAAAACUCCCUGGUGGCCCAUGACAUGGCGUUUGAGAUGGUACGGGCUCCCUGGAGCCCAGAGCAACAGAUAGAGCGGCCACGACUCACCAAGAAAGUCCUGGACACAGAGGACCAGGCUGCUUUCCGUCUCCAGUCGAAGAUGCCGAGAUACAUCUACUUUGCAGCCAACAGCAAAAACAAGUGGGGCCACCAGCGUGGUUACAGGAUCCAGAUCACCAGUUUUGCAGGGGAACAUGUCCCUGAAUCCAGCUCCAUGGAGAGGGCCAUCAGCUGGGCAAGGUACCAGCUGGCUGUCACCAGGCGGAAGGAGGAGGAGCCCACCAGUACCAGCAUCUACAACCAGAACGACCCCUGGACACCCACUGUCACCUUCGCCAACUUCAUCAACAACGAGACCAUCACCAAUGAGGACCUGGUUGCCUGGAUAACCACUGGUUUCCUUCACAUCCCGCACUCUGAGGAUAUUCCCAACACUGUGACGGUGGGAAACUCAGUCGGCUUUCUCCUGAGACCCUACAACUACUACGACCUGGACCCCUCCAUCUACUCGCACGAUGGUGUGUUUUUCACCAGCGAGCAGGACUUCACGGCGUGUGAAAUCAACCCUGUUGCGUGCCUGCCCAAAACCGCCUCUUGUUUGCCAAACUUCCCCCCAUUCACCUAUGAUGGUUUCCAAAAUAUGAGCAGGCUUUAACCCUACGGACGGUGUUAGGAGAGGCAGAGGCACCAGGCUGGCUGUUCUGUCUCAGA